AUGAUCCGCUUGCCAGCUACAACCAUCGUCCUUGGACGUAGCGACCUGCUGGAUUACGAGAAGCGCCCGCGAAUUAGAGGCAGAGAUAGAGAGUGGGUCAGUGAGACUGAUAAGCUCAAUGUGCGGCUUGCCCGUUUCACAGUCAGGUCUCAGCCUGAUUCCAUUGAUCCUAGUCAAGAGGGUACCGUCCAGAGUAACUUCCAAGAGUACCAAGAGCUUCACAAACAAAGUCAUGGACAUAGACCAUGGCUUCCAGUAUUGGAUACACCCCCAGCCGUCGAAAGUCCAGAAUUUACUGACUGUUACGAACCUGGAAUACUCUCACAGGGGUCAGAUCUGCCACACGAAGAUGUAUUGGCACCAAGUUUGCCAGAUGAGGAGCAAUCAUUCGUGAGCACGGGGAUUGAGCAAUCUCCUGAGAAUGUAACCAGCGAGACGACGCGACCAGGCUCUCCAUCGAAACACGAUUUUUACUAUGGAGGUUUCAUCGAAAUUGACAGCCGCAAUUCGGCGGACUAUACUUCUCUAUCUCCAAAUGAUGCUUCUCCCUCUCAGCAACUCCAACUUCCACGCUCGAUCAGACUUCGUACUCGAUUGCAUUUGCCUCGUUCACCUCUUUACUUAUCUCAGAACGCGUCGAGCUCCCCAGACCGUCGUCCGACUUCAGGCUUGACACCCCGUGUUGCAUCACGUGUGGCUACUCAAAAUACCCCUGGCAUGAUAUUUGCUCAACCUCCGCGACGACCACGAACAAAUACUCAAACGAGUAUAAGAACCUUCAGGCAUCAGACAAACAGUUUCUCGUUUGAUUCGUCUGAGAGAUCCAGUGCAGCCUAUGAACAAGAGCGCGCGAUUUCAAGCUCUACUGACGGCAGAGCUCAAGAUGCUGGCAGUAUCAAUCUUCGUGAGGACUUGAGGGGGAGCUCCUUGCAGAGCUCCAGGGCAGGUUCUGCAGACCCUUAUAGCAUUUCGGAAACCACGGGCGAAGAUGAUUCCGCCAUCAUUCGGGUGGACAGAGAGGACGCUGAUGCAAAUCAAGAUGUCAGAAUCUCGUCUCUUGAGCUCCAUUUGCCCCCUCCAUUCUCAACCGUACCUCGUAAUGUUUCAAGGGCUAAUUCUCUACCAUACUCAUCCUCCCGCAGUCUAAUUGCUAGUCAUCCAUCGACCAGCCCAAUUAGUUUCACAAUGACACCCCUUCAACGUGUGGUGGAAAGUAGACAUUCCAGUCGUCGCUCUAGUCCAGCCUCAGCCGAAUAUGAUGCGCUAGAAGCGAGCCCACCUGCUAGCUCAAGAUUCAAUCCAGUUGCCUUUGUAAAUCGCGCAAUUAGUAUUUAUAGGGUCCGAUCACCGUUCAGUCGCCGGGAUACACCUCAGGCCGUGGCACAAUCCGCAUCCCCAACUCCACGCCAGGACCAGAGCCGCCGAAAUUCAGACAGUGUGGAGCCUAUUACUCCAUCCAGAGGCAGCUACCAAGUAUACAAUGAUGCAACGUCGCCAGAACUACAACCCCAAACGCCAGCUCAUUUACCCGAAGCAAGACACCAGUCUCGGUACCAUCCUUCUUAUACAGCACCAGUCACUAGAGCUGCGGCUAGAAGAGCUCAGAAUAUUGACAAUGCUGAUGGUGAAGGGCUGCAACAGAGUUUGCCACGGCAACGUCAAGUACCAUUGUAUACCCCUCUGCGAGGCGGACGACCAGCAUCUCCAAUUGGAUUGGUGCAGGGUGGCUUUCAAGGUCUUUACGGCGGCAGAGAGAACGGCGACGAGGAACAGAGCUGGGUUGAAGGUGUGAGGUUUAAUAAUGCUGAGACUCGACUCUGGGGAACACGCGACGCCCAAAACGAAGGCGGCAGCUUGACGCGAACUCCAGAGCCCGAUGAGUGGCGAGUCGGCAGGAGAAGCUAG